AUGGCCUCUUUGUCACGGAUUACUUCACUCGGACCCCCCGGAAGCUGAAUCCCUUCCGCUCGGUCGGCAGCGUUGAACUCUUCCACUUCCACAUCCCAGAAGACACGGUCAUCGCCUGUGUGGAAUCUCAUCACCUUCUAAAGAACAGGCGGAACGUUUGGUGACAACUGUCCUGACCGCAGCGUCACCGUUUACUUCCGCCCUGGAGCCCCCCCUGUCAUUAACCCUCUAAGUACCCACUUUCCUCGUGACACAGCUGUUCCGGGGUCAUUCACACUUACUCUGACCUGGACUCUUCCAAACCGGACCACUGGGGUGUUUAACGUCACAAGUCCUCUGCCUGGAGACUGGUUCCUGGCCGCCCACCUGCCCAAGGACAAUGGAAAGAUAACCAUAAAGGGUCUCCAUGAUGAGUGCCAGUAUCUCUUCCAGCCGCAGCUCAUUGUGCAGAGGGCGGUGGCGGUGCCCGUCUUGUACCCGGGAUACGUCACAGAACAGAUGCUGCCGCCUCACAACCGCUCCGCACUCUACAAGGUCUUCGUUCCUCAGUUCACCUCAGGGUUACGGGUUCGGCUCCUGGGCUGUCGUAUCGGUCAGCGUUCCGUUGAGGGUUGCCCUCUUCUCCUGAGACUCCGUGCCAAGGCCCCCCCUCUACAUAACUCUUCCAGCCAGGACUGCUCGGUGCCCGCAGUGUGCCAGCUCCUCCUGGCAUUGCCGUUAUGGCAGCAUUGGUAUUAUGUGCUGGUGGAGCGGACAGGCGUUUCGGGUGCUGCCGUUUACUUCCAGCUGAUGACUCAGCUCCAAGACUGCUCCCGGCCCGGACUGUCUCGCUCCUCCUCGGGCCCCAGCUCUUCUCUCAAUAUGCCUCAGUCCUUUGGAGCCGCGGGGGGUCUUUCCUCUUUAGAUGCCCUUCCGGCCCCCGGUUUUUCUCUCUCAGCUGUGAACACGUCAUGGGGUGACUCGCCCUCCUGCUGGCCCAUACGCCCCACCCUGAGGAACGAGCUGGACACCUUCUCCGUUCACUUCUACAUCUUCUUUGGGCCCAAUGUGGCGGUUCCUCCUGAUCGUCCGGCGCUCUUCAGUAUCAACCUGCUGCCGGUGCUGGAUAGUGGGGGGGUGCUGAACCUCGAGCUGCGACUCAACACGUCUUCCGCCCAGGGAGAGAAUGUGACGAUCUUCGGGUGUCUGAACCACGGCGCCCCCCUCAUCUCUGGAGAUAACGCGUCCAUCAGCUGCCAUACAGAAUCGCUCUCUGGUUUUUCCUUGUCGGUAAAUACCACGAAUAGUGUCACCCGCCUGCGCAUCCCGUACCCCCAGACCGGGACCUGGUACCUCAACCUGCGCUCCCUCUGCAGCUCUGAGCACGGGUGGCGGCCGUGCAGUAACCUCAGUGCAGAGCUCAACCUGCGCACCUUCCUGUCUCCCUGUAUCAAUGAGUGCGGCCCCUAUGGACAGUGCAAACUACUGCGGACCAACAACUACCUGUACGCUGCCUGCGAGUGCCGAGCAGGCUGGAGCGGCUGGGGUUGUACAGAUAACGCUCAGGCCUUUACUUAUGGCUUCCAGCUUCUCUCCACCCUCCUCUUGUGUCUCAGUAACCUCAUGUUCCUGCCGCCCGUCCUCAUCGCUCUCCGCAGCCGCUACCUCCUGGAGGCCUCCGUCUACAUCUUCACCAUGUUCUUCUCCACGUUCUAUCACGCCUGUGACCAGCCCGGUAUCGUGGUCUUCUGUAUCAUGGAGUACGACGUGCUGCAGUUCUGUGAUUUCCUGGGCUCCCUCAUGUCUGUGUGGGUGACGGUGAUCAGCAUGGCACGGCUGCAGCCAAUCAUCAAACAGGUCUUGUACCUUCUGGGGGCCAUGUUGCUGUCCAUGGCGCUGCAGCUGGAUCGGCACGGCUUGUGGAACCUCCUGGGGCCAAGUUUGUUUGCUGUGGGCAUCAUGGCCAUUGCCUGGACUUUCCGCACUAUCCGGAGGCGUCACUGUUACCCACCGACCUGGAAGCGCUGGCUCUUCUACCUGUGCCCGGGCACCCUGAUCGCCAGCUCUGCCGUUGCUCUAUACGCAUUUGUGGAGACUGAGGAGAACUACUUUUAUAUCCACAGUAUAUGGCACAUGUUGAUCGCGGGCAGCGUAGGCUUUCUUCUCCCACCACGUGCCAAGCCUGACGGAAGGGUGGCCCCACUGGCGCGUAGGAAGGGUUGUGGGUACCAGCUGUGUGUCAAUGAGCAGGAGGAGCUGGGACUGGUAGAUCCGGGCUCCGUCUCCAUAAACAGCAUCUGCACCAGUUGACACAAAAGCCACGUAAGAGGAAAGACAUCCACGAAUGUGAGGGGCAUCGGUGGUUGGAGAGCAUUGACGCCAACACUGCCCCCAGAUCCAGUACCAGUCGGAUCAGUAUUACCUCAUUCAGGAUGUGCCUGGGUGUCAAGGACACUUGGACAAUGGGUGGUGGGAGGAACGACCUGUAUGGGCCACAUAUAAUAGACUGGUGGGACCAAGCAGGGCUGUGGCCCCUCACCCCAAACCAGGUCACACCACUUCUUCUGAUUUUCUUCCAGAUUUACUUGAAUAGUCGCUCACAGACUCCUGGGCGCACGGCCGCCUCCUCCUGUCUUCACAUACCGCACACUGAUACACCGCGCCCCCCCCCCAUGCCGGACGUGGUCUGAUGGGGACUCAAGGAGCAUGCUGAGGGCAAUGUUUACAUUUUACAAUAAAACACCAAAAGUGUAAGAAA